CCCGUUUCAUGGUAAAACUCUCCUUUCUCAAAUCUCUCUCGCCGUUUCUUUCUCUUCGUCUACCUCGGCGAUGGCGGAAGAAGGAAGGAUCGCUCCCUCCGAUCCCCAGCUGGAAACGCCAACCGCAGAUGGUUUUGGUUCGAUGAAGCCCCAGACACUAGAUAUUUCUGGCUUGAAGAUGCCAUAUGCACUCGUAUCGCCUGGAACUGCUCCUAUAUUGAAUCCAGAGUACAAUGAGCUUGGUGCAGGAAUUUAUGCGAUUCAGUGUUUUCCAUCUGUGAGUCCAAUCUCUGGAUUUUCUCCUACAACUCUAAUACCAAUGAAGUAUAACAUACCUACGAGGCCAAGUUCUGGAGGAACUAGUAGUGAGCAAGCACAGGAAGUGAGGCAGCAACAUGGACCUCAAAGACCACAUGCCAGAAGAGUUCAAUUUGCAUUUCAGCUUGACUUGGGUCUAAUCAUCAAGUUAGCAGCUAUGGUUUUUCUUUUUAGUCAAGAUGGAUCACCGCAGAAGCUUCUGCUUCUUAUUUUCUUUGCGUUGUUCGUGUACCUGUAUCAAACUGGAGCACUUACACCUUUCAUGCGGUGGCUUCAGCAAGCAGCAGCCCCACCUCGGCCGCAUGCUCCUCCACAGCAGUUGAAUGUUCCUCCUAUUGGUCAUGAUGGCCAGCACAAUCCUCAACCACUAGGUGCAGGUGAAAAUAAUGAUACCAACGAUCUGAAUCAGGACCAUCCUCUUCAAAACCAGGAACAAGUUGAUGCGAACCAGAACCAUCAACAACCCGAACAACCCAGAAACAAUUUUUGGCAAGUGGUGAAAGAGAUUCAGAUGUUUGUCAUCGGGUUCUUGGCAUCUCUUCUUCCAGGUUACCAUCCCAACAACAACUAAAUUUCGUUCAUAGUUUUGCUCAAAACUAUUCUGGUCUUUUUUUCCCCUAUUAUGUUUGCUAUCUUAAAUGGAUUCCGGUCAUGUAAUAUUUAAGUAGGGGAGAAAAAAAAUAGAUUUUGUUGUGCAUUUCUGGUAUAAUAAUGCAAAUAAGAAAACCUAUUGGUAUCGAAAAUAAAUUAAUAACUGUUUGAUUUGUCUGAAAA